AUGGGUGGAUCUCUAAACGUCAGUUAUAAAAAUGCACAAUCUUCAGAACGAACUAAUUCUGAUUUAGAGGAAGACGAGUUGUUUUUUCAAGACGUUGAUAUAUUGCAGCAGCAUGGAAUCAACGUAGCUGAUAUAAAAAAGUUGAAAUCGUCAGGAAUAUGUACCAUAAAGCAACUUUUAGGUGGCGGAAUUGAAUCAAUGGCAAUCACAGAAGCUUUUGGAGAAUUUCGAACUGGCAAAACACAGUUAUCGCACACACUGUGUGUCACUGCCCAAAUGCCUGGUGCAAAUAAUUAUAACGGCGGAAAAGUUAUUUUUAUUGACACGGAACACACAUUCAGACCUGACCGGUUGAGGCCAAUUGCUGAACGAUUUAAUUUGGACCAGGUAGCUGUACUGGACAAUGUACUUUAUGCCCGCGCAUAUACUUCAGAACAUCAAUAUGAGUUAUUGGACUACGUAGCAGCUAAAUUUCAUGAAGAGGCCGGUGUAUUUAAAUUACUUAUAAUAGACUCAUCAAUGGCUUUAUUUCGAGUUGACUAUAGUGGCCGUGGUGAAUUGGCAGAUAGGCAACAAAAGUUGGCUCAGUUGAUGUCAAAGCUUCAAAAAAUAUCUGAAGAAUAUAAUGUGGCAGUUUUUAUUACAAAUCAAAUGACAUCAGAUCCUGGUGCCACAUUAUCAUUCCAAGCGGAUCCCAAGAAACCAAUAGGUGGUAACAUAAUGGCUCAUGCCUCUACAACUCGUCUAUCUCUUCGAAAAGGACGUGGUGAAACACGUAUAUGCAAAAUAUACGAUAGCCCAGAUUUACCAGAAAGUGAAGCAACAUUUGCAAUAACUACUGGUGGAAUUGCAGAUGCCAAAGAUUAG